CAAAAUUAUCGCAUGGACUGUGCUUCUCCCCUUCACUCAGUCGAGAUGGUCGAGUCUCAAAAUGGCCGCUGUUGUCCAUGUGUUUUGAGCUGACAGAAGAAUCUCUAUGAUUUGAUUAUACGUUGUUUACUUUUUUACAACAUUGAAGCUAUUAAAGACACUGAAAUCUGAAAUACAAACUCCAGAUAAUUCGUUAGCGUGUAAGAAUGCCUCACAGAAAGAAGAAAGCCUUCAUCAAUAAGAAGAAUGCCGUGUCCUUCCACCUGGUGCACAGAAGUCAGAAAGAUCCGCUCGCAGCAGACGAGAUGGCACCUCAACAUGUCCUUCUGCCAGCUGCCAAGGUGGAGGUGGAGAAGAGGAGGGAGGAACAGCGCAAGUUUGGAGUGUUUUUCGAUGACGACUACGAUUACCUUCAGCACCUAAGGGAUGUGCCCCAGCCCGCGGAGCUAGUCUCCGCCCCUUGCCGCCACAGAGACGCACGGCCAAAGCCUGCAGAGGAUGAAGAGGACAUGGAGGAAGAGGAUGUCAUCGUCCCUGCGUCCUCAAUUAACCUGCCCUCGUCUGUGUUCGCCUCAGAGUUUGAAGAGGAAGUGGGUUUAUUAAACAAAGCAGCUCCUGUUUCAGGGCCGCGGUUGGAUAUGGAUCCUGACAUUGUUGCUGCGCUGGAUGAGGACUUUGAUUUCGACGACCCAGAGAACAUGCUGGAAGAUGACUUCGUCAUCAAGGCCAAUGACGUCAUGUGUGACACGGGUAAUAAUGAUGAUGAUGAUGAUGAGUGGGAGGACACGGAUGAUGAAGGUGAUGAGGAAGAUUAUGACUCAGCGGGUCUGUCAGACGAGGAAGGCGGCCAGAGAGAGUUCAUGUUUGCCGACUGCGAGACGAAGAGUCGUUUUACGGAGUACUCGCUCACGUCCUCCGUCAUGAGGAGGAACGAACAGCUGACGCUGCUGGACGACCGCUUUGAGAAGUUUUUCGAGCAGUUUGAUGAUGACGAGAUCGGAGCGCUGGAUAACGCGGAGCUGGAGGGCUACAUUGAACCGGACAGCAAGCGCCUGGAGGAGGUCAUCAAAGACUACUUCAUUCAGAAAGAGAAAGAUUAUCAGAAACCAGAUCAGCUGGGUCCUGCGGAGCUGCCCUCUGUGAAAGAGGAAGACGAAAAUGAUGAAGAUGACAAAGAAGUGGCGAUUGAUACAAUGGUCAUAGAGCCGCCUGCAGAGCGCUGGGACUGUGAGACCAUCAUCAGCACUUACUCCAACCUCUACAACCGGCCCAAACUCAUCCAGGACCCUCCAAAGCCCAAGCAGAUCCGAGUGUCCAGUAAGACAGGGAUUCCUCUGGACGUUUUGGCGAAACGAGGCCCGACGGCUAAACAGGUGGAAAGGAUGGAGAGGAUAAACGACUCGGACCUGCCCAGAGUCUCAACGCAGCCCCGCUCACGGGACGAGAGCGCAGAGGAGAGGAGAGCCAGGAAACAGGCCAUCAAGACCGAGAGGAAGGAGAGGAGGACGGAGAAGAAGGCAAACAAACUGGCAUUCAAACAGGAGAAACAGAUGCAGGAGAAACAGAUGGUUAAUUUAAGAGCAAACGUUCAGGGCCUGAAGCUCUCGUAGGACGGCAGAGACACUCCAGAGACUGUCAAAACCACUGCGACACGUUCCCAACACCAGCGGACACUAUAGGACCUUACUGAAACACGUGUGUUGCAGUACAUGACAUAAUUUACCUUACCAGGACUUCCAUGUUUUAUCUCAUGCAGUGUAUAAGCAGUUCUAAAUGAUGUUUAUGAAUAGUGUUGCCAUGGAUACAUCAUAAUGAAUGGAAUCUAUAGAAACUGUUCUGUUUAUCAGGCUUGACUGUUUAAAGGUAAAUAUAUAUGUACAAAAAUGUAAUUAAACCUAUUCAUCACAUUCUAAAAAGUUUAUAAAAACACACAUACACAUUAAAACACAAGUACUAUUUUUUUCAUAGAAUACCCACCCCGCUUUUAAUAAAAAAAAUUAAAAAAAACAUUCUGGGAGGAAAAAAAAAAUCAAUCACAUUUUCACCAGUGGCACAAUAAUGAACUUAAUGCAAACUAUUAGCUGCCUGUAAGGACAGAUGGCUUAUAAAGUGGCUUCCCGGUUCAUUAUGAUGAAAUUCUCUUCUCCUCUACCAUGAUUAGACAAAGUGCAUAAAUGUCAUUCAAAUGAUCUGAAUAAUAAACAACUUUGACCUGAAAUAAAA